GGUCAGUGGUGGCUCUGAUGGCCAUGAUUUCUUUGCAGGGCGCCUGAGCUCCACAUCCAGCAACAGCUCCUGCGGCAGCUCGGAGUACUCUGGGGAGGUCAUCCCCCACCCGCCAGGUCUGCCCAAGUCCGACCCCGGCCACUGGUGGGCCAGCUUCUUCUUCGGGAAGACAACUCACCCGGCCAUGACGACCGUGUCGGAGUCCCCGGAGAGCUUGGGAGCGCUGCAGGUGACAACAGGACCGAUGGCAUGUGGCUUAGUGCCGGCCCCAGGAGCGGGACGGAGGCGCCACGCCAGCGAGCCCAGCUCCGGGACCUCAGCAUGA